AAUUAAAGUUUGACAUUUGUCAGUUUCUGACAGAUGUUUGUUUGAUUCGGACCUUUUUAAUCGUUUUUAUUGAGUUUAUCAAAGUGAAUCGAAUUACAGUGGUGACUGAAAAAAUAUAAAUAACUAGUUAAUGCUUGCAGAUUAUUACCGACAGAAGAUUUAUCAUAUUCCAUCAGUUCAAGGUAGAAGACACUACUAAUCAUGGCGUUUGCGGGGUUGAAGAAACAGAUAAAUAAAGCUAAUCAGUAUGUCACGGAAAAAAUGGGAGGAGCGGAAGGUACGAAACUGGAUUUGGAUUUUAUGGAUAUGGAAAGGAAAACAGACGUCACGGUAGAACUUGUAGAAGAACUGCAGGUUAAAACAAAAGAGUUCCUACAGCCUAACCCUACAGCACGAGCCAAGAUGGCUGCAGUAAAAGGUAUAAGUAAACUUAGCGGUCAAGCAAAAUCUAAUACUUAUCCCCAACCAGAGGGGGUACUAGGAGACUGUAUGCUAACCUAUGGUAAGAAAUUAGGAGACGAUAGUCCUUUUGGACUAGCCUUAAUCGAAAUGGGUGAGGCCCUGAAGCAAAUGGCGGAUGUUAAAUACUCACUCGACGAUAAUAUUAAACAAAACUUUUUGGAACCUCUACACCAUCUACAGACUAAAGACUUAAAAGAAGUAAUGCACCAUCGGAAAAAAUUACAAGGUAGACGACUUGACUUUGAUUGCAAAAGGAGGCGGCAAGCUAAAGCAUCUAAAGGGGCACUAAGCCCAUAUUCCAGUCCUAUAAAAACGCAGGGAGCAUCUCAUGAUGAUGAAAUCAGAAUGGCUGAAGAGAAGUUCGCCGAAUCCCUUCAACUUGCUCAAAUGGGAAUGUUCAAUUUACUAGAAAAUGAUGUUGAGCAAAUUUCACAAUUAGCAACGUUCGCUGAAGGUUUGUUAGAUUACCAUAGCCAGUGUACAGAAAUUUUGAAGCAUCUAACUGAAACAUUAUCGGAAAAGACAGAUGAAGCUGCUAAUCGUCCAAAGGUCGAGUUUGUUCCGAAAACUCUUCACGACCUUCAUAUAGAAACUGUACAGGACGGAUUAAAUGGUACAAAUAAUCACAAUAAUUUAUUUAAUCACAGUAGUAAUCAUCACAGUAAUUCAAAUUUUUUAAGCACCGGCGGUAGUGGGCAUAUAUUCAAGAGGCCCGCACCAAAAACAGUUCCUAUCAAAACAACAAAUUACAAUAAUCACCCGACUCAACCACUACCUGAUCCUUUUGAUCCUUGGAGUUACCCUCAAGGCUCUUCUCAAGUGUCUUCACCUCAACAUAAACCAUACCAACUUGAGUUGCAUCCAGGACAACAGUCUGCUAAUGCAUCACCGUUACCGUCCCCAAUGAAGUCUCCUGCCAGGACUCCUAUGAAUAGGCAACCAUGUUGUACAGCUCUCUACGAUUUUGAUCCCGAAAACCCUGGAGAACUUGGAUUCAAGGAAAAUGAAGUGAUAAUGCUUCUGAAUAAAAUCGAUGAAAAUUGGUUCGAGGGUAGUGUUAAUGGUCGUACAGGAUAUUUUCCAGUAAAUUAUGUAAGAGUGGAUGUACCAUUACCAUGAACCACUGGUUAAGUGAAGAAUCAGGAACAGCCCUUUAUAAUUUAUUUAGAUCUUUCGUGCACGUUACUUCUGUUUACUUGCCGUUUGUAAAAAUACUUUGUUUAUAGAUAAAUUCAACUGCACUUCAAGAAGUGAGAUUAAGCCAUAUAUAUGCGUAUUAUGUGAUAGUGAUUAAACAGCAUUUAAUUUAGUUAGAUAGAACAAAAUGUACUGAAUUUUUAAUAUGUUCAGAAUCUUCCUGAUAUUGAAGUUUCUUUCCAAUUUUGUACAUAUAGUAUAUAAACGUACUCGAGGAAGUUUUAAUUAAUUUUAAAGAUCUUUUAAAUGAAUUGAAUGUAUGUGUGUUUGCGUGCAGUUGAAAAUUGUGUCAUUUAUUGAAAAUAAAAAAAAAUACCAAGUGAUCCACUACAUUUUCUCUUGUGAAAAGUUGAAAACGUUUUAAUCUCAUAUUUAGAAUGUACAUACUCUUCGAAAAUAAUGUCUUGCUUUUUUUAUCAAAUAAUAGAACAUUUCGGAAACUAAAUCGGAUCACAUUCAGUGUUGUUCGGAAACUGAUCCAGUUAAUCGGGUCAUAGUUAUAAGAUAUGAUCUUUUCAGCCCUGGUAGACCAGUGAGUAAAUGCGAUCAGCUGACAGGUCAUUCUAUUCGUCUUAUGGUUCCUGAGGAGGGUAAUUGAUAGGUUACCGAGGUUUGUGGCUUUUAUACUUUUAGUAAUUUCAACAUAAAAAUAGUUUAUUUGUUUCAAAA